AUGGCGUCGAAGAAUAAAAGCUACAGAGACGACCAUGCCCAUGAAUACCACCAUGGAGGUGACAGGGCCAAAGGGAAAUUGUACACCCGAGGAGGUGGUGGAGGAUGGGACGCGUACGACAAGGAAAGGGACGAAACCUCAGAAUAUCACGACAGGAGUAGAAAUGCCCACCAGGAUAAUUUUGCCACAAAAGAUUACUACAACAGGCACAAGGAUAAGGGCCACGGUAGGAAGAACGAGUCGAGGCAUGGCGACAGGGAGGACAGAGCGGAUCGGCCAUACGACAAAUAUGAUGAAGACCGACACGAGUACGACGCUAUGAGGGGUAAGAGGAAGUACAUAGAUAGGAAAAAGGGGCGAGGGAGCCCAGAAAGGGGAUACAGCGGGAAAGGCGACUCGGACUAUUAUGACAGGUACAGGAGUAACAAAGCGGAAGGAAGUGCGGAUGACAGGGAGUGGGAAGGCAGGAAGAACCGGCCUACCCAUCACAGCUACGGCAAAGAUGAUUAUAGGGAUGACUAUAGGGAUGACUAUAGGGACGACUAUAGAGAUGGCCACAGGGAUGGUUACAGAAAAAGCGAGCACAAGUCCUUUUCCAGGUUUAAGGAGAGGGAUAGGAGGAGGUCGUACAGUAGCUGCAGCGGGGACGAUAGCCACAGUGAAUAUUCGCCUGGGUCGGAUGAUGGGCAUGAUAAAUACCGCUCGUACGGCCACAAGAAAUACAAAGUAGGGGAAAACUCAGAUGACCAAGGGGAAUUCACAAAAGGGAGUUACUCCCGCGGGGGGUACUCGUAUGGAAGUCACACUCACAGUGGCAAUAACCGUGAGGGACUCACAAUGAAAAAAAUUAACAAUGUAAACGAUGUGUUAGAAAUGAAGAGCAACAUAGAAUUGUCCAGAUUCAUUUUUAUUUAUAAGUUGGGGGAAAAUAUAACAGAAGAAGAAAUAGAUGAUAUGAUGAGGAACACAGCCAUCAGUAAUGCAUUCUCCCUACCACUCAACAUAUACAUAAAUAGGUUGUCCUUUUUUUGUGUGAAGGAAGAACUCUUCGUAAGGGAGGGACUCGAGUUUAUAAAGAAUAACUCCUACUUCAACAAUAUCCAGUUGAGUAUAAUGAACACACAAAUGAAUAAUGAAAUUAACGAUGACCGAUGUUGUAUCGUUGAGUUUCCAUCCAAUGAAGCUUCAGCAAAAUUGUUUUCUUUGUAUGAGAAGAAUAAAUGCUGCAUCCAAAUUGGAAACAGCACCUCAUAUAUAUUUCCCCUAUUCAAAAUGAAGAAAAAAAUGGGUAAAAUUGUGGAUGAUAAACAGGCACAAAAAAAAUUCUAUGAUUGGUACUGCUCUUAUUGUAACUUUCUUAACUUUUCUCGUAGAAGUACUUGCUUCUUUUGCAAGGAAACGAAAACUAGUGAUGCGAAAUUGGUGGAGAGCGAGACGAAAAUACCUUCUAAUGUGUUUAUGAAGAAUGGGGCCAUGAUGGGCACCGCUGCUGCGCAAGAAGGGGGACCCUUCGGGGGGAACUGUGUAUUUACCGGCAUUCCCAAUGCGGAGCAAGCGGCGUUUGGCCUUGCCGGAAGUAACGCCGCCCUUGCGGGGAACGCUGUGUCUAAUUCGGAGGCAGACUUCAGUCAGCAAGGAGUCAAUCCCGCAGUUGAGGCUGUCGCAUCUGCUAGAGGAGCCCCAUCCGUUGGAGUAGCUGCUGGGGGGGGAAUGUACCCGGCGAGUGCCUUCCCCCUGCAGCAAGUGGAAGAAAACUCAACAGAAAAUUUCGAAACGUCCAUCCAGGAAAUCUUGGAAGAUGUGCAAAAAACGAACAUGCUGAUAUUGAAAGAUAUAGAUGGCAGUAUCCCAAGUAAAGACCUUUUAAAAUUCAUCAACGAAGUGUUUGAAAAUAGGCACGUGAAUUAUCUCUACUUGUUUAAUGACGUAAGAAGCUCAAGUAAAAGGAAAGGGUUUUGCUUUGUCGAAUUUGAGAGGGAAAGUUACGCAGAACAAAUGAUGAAUGAACUGGAAGGAAAUUUCUACAUCAAUUAUAAAAAUAAUUUUUUUAAAUUGGAUUAUGUGUAUGAAAAGGGAAAGGAAUACUUUUUCCAUUCCAUCAAUUUGGCAAAAUUGAAUAUUGACAAAUCCGCAGCCACUGUUCUUAUGAAGAAUUAUAUUCCUCAUUUUAACUUUUUUGUUAGCUACAUGGAAACUGUGGUGAAUAUGAUGAGCAUAAAGAAUUACACCUUCUUCCUUCUUUGGUCCUCUCAAGUGAUUAUACUUAAGAAGGAGAAACCGGCACUCAGUGAAUUUUUUUUUGAUUACAAUACGCAGUAUUAUUAUCACCCCGUUUUUCAAAUUUAUUUUGACCAAAAUACCAAUUUUUAUAUGUCCCUUUCUAAGGGGUACUAUAUGUGGAAUGACAAGAUUAAGUGCCUCGUGAGGAUGUACAUGGGGAAUGAGGAACAAGUAAAUGUUGAUCAUGGCGCGGAUGAUGAUAAGACAGUGGGGAUACACACAUCAGCCGCGUUGGUCACUUCAGACCAUGAGGAGAAGCAUCAGGAGGGAAACAAGGAGGACACUUCUUGGGGACAACUACACCAGGCAGUGGACAGUGGUGAUCUCAUCGCUCAAGAGAAUAACCCCAUCUCUGGAGGAAGUGGCGUUCCUAAUAGCGCUGCUACCCAGAGCGGUGGUAACGAACACAUGGGUGCUGUGAACCCUACCGCUAACGCAAGCGGUGACGGAGGAAAGGUCGCUGAUCCAAUUUUGCCCUCUAAUGAAGAUACCUCAAAAAAUACAGCCCUAGAUAAAAUAUCGAGCUUAGUGGAAAGAGCCAAGAUGAUAGCCCUGGCCUCCAAAAAGAACAUUGAGCAAAUGAACAUGAACGAAGCGAGUUCAACCAAUGUAGAAAAAAAAAGCAAAGAAAUAAUUAAAAAGCAUUUCGCUACCGACUCGGCCGAUGAAGAUAACGACGACCCUUCUGACAACGAAGAGUUGCACAAAAAAGGACACCCAAACAGCAAUGCAUAUAACAAGAGUACCCAACUGAAUAAGGGCCCCACCAGAAUCACCAACACAGCCAUGGAAGGUGGCAGUAGUUACCACAAAGCAUGCUACAAGGCGAAGAGUUCUUUGAUUGAGAGUCUCGCCAAAGUACAUAAUAGGGGGCAGUGGGCUGGCACUACGAAGGAACACAAUAAUAAUGUUAGUAGUUUGAAUGAACCUAAUAGGGUACCAAAUGCAGAAGCAGCCAGAGGAGAAGGCACAAACGAGCACUCCUCCAACAGUGGCAACGAUUUGAACAUUUGUUUUAUUUGUCUGCGGAAGUUUGCAAGUGCGCAUCUUUUGCAGAAGCAUGUUGAUAUGUCCUCCCUGCAUAAAAAGAACUUCCAGAGUAUGAUGGACGUUGGGAGUGCUGGUCGUGCCAUUUUGAUGCCCAAUUUGUUGGCUCGCUCGGCAAGGAGUUGUACCGCGAGCAUGCACAAGAAUGAAGACAUCGGGGGGAAGGGCCCCUCGGCGAACGAGGAGCGGAUAGGGAGAAACCACCUCAUCUUGGUGGUGGAUGUAAAUUUCAUGAUAUGGUACGAAGGACUGAAAAUCAAGUUCGACAAGAACAACGUAAAAACAUUAAGCCUACCAGAGUUUCUAAAGUCUACGUUUCAUUUCGUUCGUUUCUAUUGCCUAAUGAGCAAUGCAGAAAGAAUAUGCAUCAUAGCUACAUCCCAACGGAGCUGUAAAAUUUUGUACGAAAAUUACGUGUCCUAUGCAAAGAACAAUUUGACCGAAAGGGACUACUGUGAGGAGGCAUACAAUAAGCUAAUUGAAUUUAUAAGUGAAAAUAAAACAGAACAGAUGAUGGAGAGUAGCUUGUCAUCAGCACUGGCAGUAGCUUUAUGCUACAAUCAUCGAAUCGUUAACAUGUACGAGAAUAUGAAAUCGAGGAUAUUCCUACUGGACAUUUCGAAUCAGAGUUAUGUGUAUACAAAUCAGUACACACAAUUAAUGAACAUAGCAUAUAAUGCCAAAAGGAAUAAUAUUAUAAUUGAUGUUUUUUCUUUAAACUCUAAAAUACAGCUAUUGGAACAAAUUUGUAAUAUUACAAAUGGCCUUUAUAUUGAUAGCAGCAUUUUUUUUAACGUAAAUUGUUCAGAAAAUAUGGAGGAUGUUCUUACGCAGACGAUGAUUUUUUGGUUCCUGCCUUCUAACAAUACAAGGAAAUAUUUUUCCAAUACGUAUUUAAAUGACGACACGAACAUUGCUGUUUGCUGUUGCCAUAACAAGCAGGUGGACAUUGCUUACAUUUGCUCCUGCUGUUUAGCUAUUUACUGUUCUGAGAAGGAUGAUAAAACGAAUAAGGAUAGAACUUCUUGCUUUGUUUGUAAGACCCGGUUUACAAAGGCGCUUUUGCGCAACAAAAUUGUGUCCGACUUGGACUUUUCCUCCAUUUGA